GACGAACAUGCGCACUCAGUCUUAGUUAAAAUCACCAUUGAAAAUGUCGCGUAUGACACAGUACAAUAUGUGGUUCUGAAUCACUAUUCAAAGGUAACGCGUACCACACACGUGGCGUGUGGGCUACCACAUUCACCAUAUGAAUUGUGUGAUUGGUAAAAUGUUUCCACCUUUUUAAUGGGGUGAUAGGUGGUAAAUCGGGUACACCAUCCAUAAUCUUUGGUACUGUUUUUGCCCGCCCACUUCGCUUGUCGCUGGACAAUGACGUACGUUUUACUCGCUGUUUACAAUGGCGACCACUUUCUAAAUGAAGGAAAGAUACAUUUACAGUAGCGAACAAAUACCCAGCGAAUGGUAGAAAAACCAAGAAGUCUCUUUUGCAAUGUCCAACAGAACAGCAUAUUUUUAUGAUCCGGAUGUGGGGAACUUUCAUUAUGGUGCUGGUCACCCUAUGAAACCCCAUCGUCUCUCGCUGACGCACAGCCUUGUUUUGCACUAUGGCCUCUACAAAAAGAUGCAGGUUUUUAAACCAUACAAAGCCUCACAACAUGACAUGUGCCGAUUCCACUCAGAAGAUUACAUUGACUUUCUGCAGAAGGUCAGCCCCAACAAUAUGCAAGGUUUCACAAAGAGUCUCAACACCUUUAAUGUUGGGGAUGACUGGUAACGUGUCCUCUGUCAGCCCUGUAUUCCCAGGCCUGUUUGAGUUCUGCUCCAGGUAUACAGGAGCAUCUCUACAGGGAGCGACACAGCUAAACCACAAGAUAUGUGACAUCGCCAUCAACUGGGCUGGGGGUCUUCAUCAUGCUAAGAAAUUUGAGGCCUCUGGAUUUUGCUAUGUGAAUGACAUUGUCAUCAGUAUACUGGAGCUUCUGAAGUACCACCCGCGUGUGUUGUACAUAGACAUUGACAUUCACCAUGGUGAUGGGGUGCAGGAAGCCUUCUACCUGACUGAUCGGGUCAUGACUGUAUCCUUCCACAAGUACGGGAACUACUUCUUUCCAGGGACAGGUGACAUGUAUGAGGUAGGGGCUGAGAGUGGCCGGUACUAUUGCCUGAACGUGCCUCUCCGGGAUGGGAUCGAUGACCAGAGCUACAGGCAACUCUUUCAGCCAGUCAUCAAGCAAGUGGUGGACUUCUACCAGCCAACCUGUAUCGUUCUUCAGUGUGGGGCUGACUCUCUGGGCUGUGACAGAUUAGGGUGCUUCAACCUCAGUAUACGAGGCCAUGGGGAGUGUGUGGAGUUUGUGAAAAGCUUCAGGAUUCCCCUGCUGGUACUGGGAGGAGGAGGGUACACAGUACGCAACGUGGCCAGAUGCUGGACCUAUGAGACCUCUCUCCUGGUUGAUGAGCCAAUUAGUGAUGAGCUUCCCUAUAGCGAGUACUUUGAGUAUUUUGCCCCAGACUUCACACUCCACCCAGAUGUCAGCACCAGGAUAGAGAACCAGAACUCCCGACAGUACCUGGAGCAGAUCCGUUCGACGGUCUUUGAGAACUUGAAGAUGUUGAACCAUUCCCCCAGUGUCCAGAUCCACGAUGUGCCCUCGGACAUCCUGAGCUACGAGCGCACUGACGAGGGAGACCCAGAUGAGAGGGGCUCAGAGGACAACUAUUCCAGGCCAGAGGCAGCCAAUGAGUUCUACGAUGGUGACCAUGACAACGACAAGGAGAGCGAUGUGGAGAUCUGAACGCUCAGAUGUCAGACUUUUCCCCUCUGGUCGCUCAUGAUAUUAUUGGGAAACCUUCAAGGCUGCAGUCAGUUGACCAAACUUAUUUUCCCCAACAAAUGGACUAUUCAAUGUCUAUACUAUACUCAGAGCGAGAGACUACCACCAUUUCUUUUUUUUACUAUGUCUAAUCAUUGAUUAUGUAGAGGACAUUGUCAAGCACUUCAAAUGUUAUUCCUCACGUUUCGUAAACAGGUGUAGACUAACGAUAACAGCUAUAUACACAGGGUACCCGUACCCAGUCGAUGUGCAGGGUUACGAGGUAAUUGAGGUAGAUAUGUACAUGUGACUAGGCAACAGGAUAAACAGCAGCAGAGUCAAGGCACAUUCUGAUUCACCAGAAGACAGCCUAGAGGGGCCCAAUACAGGCAUGAUUGUGUAUGAAACAUCUGGGCCUUAUUCAUCAGCACAGGAUAAAGAGGAAGAGACUUCCCCUUGGUCCAAAGGGCAUUGACUUCCUGUGGUUGCUAGGUGAGGCUUAUAUUUACCAGUUUUCACUUCACACACUGGGAUCAGAGGUCGGUCAUCUGAAUAACAAGUUACAAUUUUUUUGAUCUUUCUUUUCAUAAAAUAAAUAGGAAAACUGCAUGGCUACAAUGCUCCCCAUCUAUAAGUACUCAAUUUGAUAUUUAGAAAGUGAAAUGAGACCACCUGUGUUAUAAAACUUUAUUACGCAUUCAUUCACAAGACUUCAAAACGCUUCUAUGGUCAGAAUCAGACAGGAGGUCGUACAUUUGGGUGUGAAGGCAACCAUUUACAUUUCAGAAUUGUCCAAUAAAUACUUUAUA